AAGUCUUCAUGGUUAAUCGAAAGGCCAAUUUAUCACUGAUUCUGGUGAUCACGAUGUUGAUGAUAACCACAGCUUUCUCCACACUGAAUGAGGAUGAGAUAGAAAGGUACUUGAAACAAAUCAACAAACCUGCUGUUAAAUCAAUCAAGAUUCCGGAUGGAGAUAUAAUAGAUUGUGUUGAUAUAUAUAAUCAACUCGCUUUUGAUAAUCCAUUACUAAAGAACCACACUAUUCAGAUGAAACCGAGUUCUUUCCCCAAAGAUCUCCCUUCAACCAGUUAUAAACAAUCAGAGGGCAUUGUAACUCAACUAUGGCACAAAUAUGGAGAAUGCCCAGAAAACACCGUUCCGGUAAGAAGAACAACAAGAGAAGAUAUCUUACGAUGGAGGGGUCCCCUCGAAACUUUCGGAAAAAAAACGGUUGGACUAAAGAGCUAGAUCGAACCAAUAAAAUCUACAUAAGAUGCUAGUAAAAACAAAUCAAAGUUGUUACAUUUUGUUCUUCUGAGCAAUGUGUGUAAUUUCCUAUGACCUUUUUCUUUGAAUAAAGGCAGUAAUGUCGUGCAAGUCUUA